GUUAUAAGUUGAAGUAAUGUUGGGGUUUCUGACAGCGAGGCAGGCUGGUCUGGAUGACCCUCUGCGGCUGAGACGUGCAGAGUCAACGAGAAGGGUCCUGAGUCUCACGUUGAAUCCUGACAGGGACGUGGACAGAAUCCAUGGAAAUGGCAUCAACACCAUAGACAUUGAAGUAAUAGAAGGCAGAUACAUGCUGUCUGGUGGAGCAGAUGGAGUGAUCGUCAUCUAUGACCUUGAGAACUACAGUGGGAACCUACAGUACACCUGCAAGGCAGUUUGCACAGUAGGCAGGUCGAAUCGGCAUGUCCACAAGUUCAGUGUAGAGACCGUCCAGUGGUAUCCUUAUGACACAGGCAUGUUUGUCUCCAGUUCCUUUGACAAGACAAUGAAAGUCUGGGACACUGAGACACUGAAGCCUGCUGAAGUCUUUGAGUUUGAGGGAAAUAUCUACAGCCACCACCUGUCCCCCAUCGCCAGGAAGCACAGUCUCAUCGCAGUUGGCACCAAAGACCCUAAAAUCCAGCUGUGUGACCUGAAGUCCGGGUCACGGAUUCAAGUUCUUCAGGGUCACAGAGCAGAGGUCCUGUCGGUGCGGUGGUCGCCCAGAUACGAGCACAUCUUAGCCACAGCCAGUGCAGACAGCAAAGUGAAAGUGUGGGAUGUGCGUCGGGCCUCUGGUUGUCUCUUUACUCUGGAUCAGCACAAUGGAGAUAAAUCAAAAGCCGCCUCUGAGGCAGUGAACACAGCUCAUAAUGGCAGAGUGAAUGGCCUGUGCUUUACUGCCGAUGGCCUCUACCUCCUCACCACUGGAACCGAUGACCGGAUGCGACUAUGGAAUAGUGCUACUGGGGAAAACACACUGUUAAAUUACGGGAAGGUCUCCAACGACAGUCGUAAAAAGCUACAGUUCACAGUGUCCCGUGGCUGCAGCCCAGAGUUUGUGUUUGUGCCAUGCGAAAGCUCCGUAGCCGUGUAUGCCAUCCACACGGGAGAGCUUGUCACUACACUCAGGGGUCACUACAACAACGUUGACUGCUGCGAGUUCCACCCGGACUACCAGGAGCUCUAUAGUGGAGGUAAAGACUGUAAUAUCCUGGCGUGGAUUCCCGUCCUUCGUGCCUCAGAUGUGGAAGAAGAGUCAAGAAGUGCAAAUCAGGCUGCUGGAGACCAGUCUUCAGUGAACCCUGCCUUUCAGGAUGCAUGGAGCAGCGAUGAAGAUUAAUUCUGGCGUUUUGCAUGUGCGGACAAAGUGGACAUACACAGACCAUGCAAAUGAGCACACUCCCUUUUGAAAAAUUGAAAAGUUAAUCAUGGUAUGGGACACCUGUGAAGAUAUUUGUGGGUUUAGGGAAAUGUUUCCUGUUUCAUCAUUGCAGACAAAGAUGAAGGCCUUUAAAUGAAAAUGAAUUGUGUGAGGAAUUGUACAUUUUUAUACAUGCACAAUUUUAUGAUUUUUUUUUUUUUUUUUUUUUAAUAUUGCAUUGCACAUAUAUGGCCAACUUGGUGUGCAUAGUAAGUUUCAAGAGGAGACUGCCCAUAGUCUUCAGGUGGGAAUCACCAUGCAUUCAAGUACUGCUGUCACCCCUGAAACUAGCCUAGGAGUGAUGAUGAAACCUUUCUCUCUGACUCCCUCUCAUCACUGUUUUACAUAUUGCCAUGACUACCAUGAGGACACCUGGAACCCCAAUUGGGUUUAAUACUGACUCCCGAAAACAAAUAACAAAAACACAUCAACAUUGUUAUCUUCUGUGAUGUACCAUUAUUUCUUGCAUUUCAGUACAUUUAUUUUGAUUACGACACUACUUAUAUCCAAGAUAGUGUUACUCUGUCAGCUCUUUUCAACAAAUGACCUUAAGUGUCUUGAAUUGUACAAUGUUUUUGUUAAUCUGGUAUGUUUUGCAUAAAAGCAUUUUG